UUCUCGCUCCCCUGGCCGGGGCCGGGCCGGGCCACCGCCGCUGCUCCGCCCCCGGGGGGGGUGGCACAGCCGAUAGAAGCGGCGCUGCCGCCGUAUUUCCCCCCCCUCCAGCAGACGGUGCGGGGCUGGUCGGCAGCGGGUGCCCGGGGGAAGAAGCAUGAUCAAGAUGAACCGCAUCCUGUUAACCGCCUGCGUUGUUCUGGUUGCUUUUUGUAGUUCUGGUUAUGCCCUAAGGUGUUACCACUGCGAGAACAGCCCUUCCUUAUGCAAGACCAAUAGUACUUGCUUAGCAACUGAAGAUACUUGCUUGCAGAUGAAAUUUGGUAAAUUGAGAACUUCCUCCUGCUGGAAGACAUCCCAGUGCAAUAUGAAUGAUAUUGCCCAAUUCUUCCAGUUGGAUAAUUUCGAAUUCUUUUGCUGCCAACACGACUUGUGUAACGAGAGCUCAAUUAUUGGGGUUAACAAAGCAGCCUUCAGUAUUGCCUCUGCAAUAACCAUGUUAUGGAUGCUUCUGUAAUAAUCUGUAAGCCGUACUUGCAAGCUGAAAUUAUACAAAAUCAUUAACUCUUUCUGAAUUGUACUUCUCCCAUUUUCAGUUCUAACUGGGGGCUGAAAGAUUACCUUUUAAUUUUAAAUGCUGUUUCCUAAGGUUCCGUCUGUUAAAUCACUGUUUCCCUUCAUCGGAAGGAGAUGUAUAUUGUUACCAGUUAUAGGGAAUUUGGGUAUCUUGGCCUGCCGUAUUCAUGGGGAAAAUAACUUGUUAUGAAGUAGCGUUAUCUUGUGGAGAACCUGGGCAAACUUUCAGGGGGUGAUGUGAAAGGGAAGGAAUACUAUCGGGUUUAUGCUGGAAAAUGAUCGUUUCUUACUGUCCCCUAAGUUGUCAUUAAUUUUGGUUGGGAUUUCUGGUUUGAGGUUUGUUUUGGGAGGGUUUUGCUUCAACGCUACCUUGUCGUACACCAAGCAGUGGAUUUGCCCUCGACACAAGAAGUGUUGGAUCAGAAGUAUAAGCUUGCCGCAGUCUUCAUAAAGAGUAUGGAAAUACUUAAUUUCAAGUGAUACAGACUCUGUUCCCAUCACUGUAACUUUUUUUUUCCUUUAUACAAAUAAUAUAACCUUGUAAGUACCGUUAUUUUGGGAGAAAGCAUUUACAUUUCUUAAACCAAAACAAUGCUAUCAGUGAGAAACACUUUUCCCUCUUUUUAUAUUUCUGUGAGCAUGCAGACAACACGUGCUAGCUGCUUUUUUUUAGUUUUCCUUACACUUUAGCCACAUCUAGGGUUUUAACUAAGCAUGUGCUUUGCACGGAGUGUUUAUUGGUAUACUGAAAACUGUUUAUAAAAUGCUACGGAAUUCAAAUGGCACAUCUAGUUAAUUUUCCCAGGUAAUUAGCUUUUGGGUUUUUGUUGAAAACAGUGACAUGUAAACUUAACCCUUCAAGCUUCUACCUAAGAGUAUUAAACAAAACCUUGCAGAGCUUUGUAUUUUGACUUUUAUGCAACUCUAUGAAUAGCAAUACAAAAUAAACGCGUAUUUACAUAGCAUGAAUAAAACCCGCUCGGUUUGUAUACGUAAGAGGUCUGAAGUUGAAAUAUUCUGUACGUCUCUCCACCUCGGUGGCGGACACAGACCUCGGAUACUUCUCCGGUUCUUAGGGACCCUCUCAGUCAGGUACAACGUCAAAUUCUCCUUUUUCUCUUCUGGAGCUCUGGGCAUGUCCCUGCAAGAGUCGUGGUCCGUUGCCGAUGGCGUAUCCUCUUUCUGAGGACCCGUGCUUGUGCUCUGCAAGGUGCCGGUGACGCCAGUUCGCCCGGUCGUAACGAGGGCCUUACUCCAAGUCUAUGAUGUAUUCUGCAGUGUAUCUUUUGGUUGAGCUUCUCUUAGCUAUGAAAGCAUCCUGGCAUCUCGCUGAUCACUUGAAAUACGGAAGUUGUGCUGUCUUUGAUUAAUAAAAAUGUCAAAAAAGGAAA